CUCUCUCUCUCUCUAUCUCUUCCUCCCUCUCUCUCUCUCUACACAUGUGUUUGUGUGUGUUUUGUCUUUCCCAGGAGCUCCUUAUUCCUAACAAAUACAUCCCUUAUCGUACCUCCCCCUCUACGAGCAAUAUGGAUAAACCCAAACUGACGCGGCUCCCCCAGACCCCUUUCGUCCAGACGACGACCUACACGGUCCUCGCCCCCGUCCUCGUCGCGGCGGGCAAUUACCUCCUCAUCGGCCGCCUCAUUCGCGCCGUCUUGCCGGCCGGCCACCACACCAUCUACCACGUGCCCGCGAGCCGCCUCACGCGCGUCUUCGUCGGUUGCGACGUCGUGUCAUUCUGCAUCCAGGGGACCGGGUCCGGCGUCGCGAGUGGUGGCGGCUGGGCGGGGCCGCUCGGGGGAGCGGGCGUCAAGGUGCUGAUCGCGGGGCUUGUCGUGCAGGUGUGCUGCUUCGGGGCGUACCUGUGCGUGCUGGCGAGGUUCCACGUGUUGGCGCGGAGGAUGGCGCGAGAAGACGCGCCAGCCAGGUGGAGGAGGGUUCUGGGGGCCGUUUACUGCAGCAGCGGGCUCAUGCUGGUGAGUGCGCGCCUCCUUUGCCCUGUUCUCCUCGCAGGGUCGUUCCGUGUGUGCUGGAAGUCGCAGAUGAUGCUGACGACGCCGCGUCCCGACGCGGGAACAACAGCUGCGUUCGAGCUAUAGGGUCGUCGAGUUCGCCGAGG